UUUCGCAUCAUCGUCACCUCGCCGAACCUCCAGAAAUUUCUCUCGAACGACGGGCUGCCUGCUACCAAACGAGUUCGGGAGAAAACGGCAGGAUAACCUGAUUACGGUUUGCAAAUUCAUUAUCAAGAGUCACGAUGUUCUGAUUAUGAAUCUGGCUGGUUUCCCGCAUCUUAUAAUUCCUUGAAUCCAACACAUUAAAUCCGAAAGCUCCGACCAGUUACGAUUAAUUAUCGCCUCUCAUCCGUUUCGGCCGAUCACGAAGUUUCUCAACCACGUUCUCUUCGACUGUAAACCCACGAGUCAGGAGGGCAUUAGAUUUUGUGACAAAAGAGACCUCAUUUUACAAUCAUGUUAAGACAACCUGUUCGCGGCGUGCGUGCGCCUUUGCGGGCCUUCAGCCAACCAGCUCAACAGGCAGCCUGGAAUGGCGCAUGGAGAAGACUCUUUACAUCACAGGCGCAAAACAAGACCGCGCGUCAGCUUUUGAGAUGGAAGGCCAUCCCUUGGGAUAGUGUAAUGGCCAGACUGAGGAGCGCUCGCUUCGGGAUCGGUUCUACGACAACACCAGGCAUGCUCCAAGGCGUAUUAAGGCGUGGUUUUCGAUUUACCACAAAGCGCAAGACAAACAAGAAGCCGACCGUUGGCCAAGCCGAGGAACCAAAGGGCCUCACCGCCAAACUUAAGAAGCUUACAAAGGAAUACGGCUGGGUGACUGUUGGCGUUUACCUCGGGCUGACCGUUCUCGACUUCCCAUUCUGCUUCCUGUUUGUUAGAAUGGUUGGCGCUGAUAAAAUCGGCGAGGUCGAACAUCGUGUGAUGUCGUCAAUCAAGCAGAUGAUUCCCGAUACUGUUCGGGAGGCCUGGCACACCUACUGGCAGUCGUUCAAGAAGGCUGAGGCGAGAGCACUUGGCGAUGACGAUAUCAGUGACAAGAUGGAGAUGGCCACAUGGGGUGUCGAGAAGGCUGAGGAACGCAAUCGUACCGAUGCUAGUUUAGCAACUCAGCUGGCGCUGGCGUACGCCAUUCACAAGAGCUUCAUCUUCAUUCGAGUGCCGUUAACGGCCGCUUUAACACCCAAGGUCGUCAAGAUCCUUCGAUCAUGGGGCUAUAAGAUCGGAAAGAAGAAGGCUUAGCUGGUCAAAGAUGGCAUCUAAACGGUUCGAGACUGGAAGCUCACAAGCCUCCAAACACAGAAACGGUCCAUUUCUGAAACGCUUGGCUUGGAGUGUAAGCCACUUACACGGUAUUUGUAUAAUUAGUAUAGUCCUUGGUGUUGGCUGGAAUUGUUGACGGAUAGACUUGAUUGUAUAGUACAACUCCUUACUUCUGAAGCACACAUCUGGGCAUUUGUUUCCUGUGGCUGAAUCACACGGGAUGAAACAUCCGGGCCUCAGACAGAUCCAGCAAAAUCGGCUGCACCGAGCCAGUGAUCAGCCAACAGAAUUACUGUAGUUGGAAGCGUAUCCAGGAACUGGCUUCGGAUGGCAUAAGCCAUUGAACUCUAACAUGGAGGCGUCGAAUAGGAGUGAUCUGAAUCGCACAAUAGGAAACAGGUGUGAAGAAGCCCAGACUUUCAACAAUGGUCGUAAGAAGCUUGGCGUGCCUUUCGUCCAGAGGAGGAUAGUGCGCCGAUAGAUCUGCAACCGCGACGUUUUGAACAACGCCAUGUGCUCCCACGGGGCUUUGUUUGAGAUUCUCUCGAGAUGGCGGCUAGAACUCCAGAAUGGGCCUCGAAACGCCAAGAAAUUCACCAAGCAGCGAGCGGGGCGUCAAUUGUGGACAACAGGAAGAGAAGAAGGCGGCUAGAAGUUCUGGAAGGGCCGUUGGUUGUGGGUUUGGCAGCCUGUCUCAACCAUGUUUGACCCACGGCGUACGAUUCAGGCUCAAGAGUCAGUUUGCUAGCAGAUUGACUUUGCCCUGGCCGAUGUCAUAGCAAAGACCGAGCGAGUUGCGAAAGGAUCCUCAUGAUUUCGGGGAUCUAUAAAAGACUGGAAAGAAACCCGUUCGGAGGAAGUGGAGAUCUUCGUUGGUGCGAAAGUAAAAAGAUCCUAUUGUCUCUGAAUAUCCAGAACUGGAGCUAGUCCCGGGCGCUCAUGUUUCCAUUAAUCCAUGCAUGACAGGUCAAGAAAGUCAGGGUUCAAAUUCAAGGUUCAGGUAACGUUGACCCCCCUGCAGUAAUCAAAGAAUUGGGGCGGGCUUUAGUGAACGGGAAUAACGGCCAGUUAGGUUGGCGAUUGUUUCGAGUGCCUGACUCUUAGCGGUGGGACUUACCAGGGUUGGCUUUGUUCCGCGGUUUUCGAUAAGGUGGGCUUGAUGAUAUGCAUGGAGACUUGUGAUUGAGCAUUGUCCACCUUGGAGUUUGGAGAAAAACCUGCCUUUUACAGGCUCACUCCCUCGAAUUCCUGAAUUUCCCAUACAUCACCUUCCGUGAUAGGCACUACAUACACACACGGAUGUAAUGUGCAUCACCUAAUCGGCGCCAAACAGCGGCUCCGAGAAGCGGGCCUGAUAGUGUGAUCCGCUGUUGGCCUUGCAAUGUUUAGACGCACG